UAUUUGUAUGCGAACGCCGGAUAUCCCGGUAAUGAUAAUGGAUACCGAGCUCCCCAGGCUCGGUUUCCUAAAGCCGACUUCGCACUCAUAUCGUUCAAAAUGCCUGCCAUCAACUCCAUCAUCGCCCGCGACGCUGUUCACCAGCUUGCGAAGCGCAAGAACUGGGCCUCCCGAGAGGCCGGUGUCAUUGUCGUCUUUGCCAUCGUCUUCAUCGUAGCCUGCGGCGUCACCGGUCUUUGUGUUUCCCGCUGCCUCUCACGCCGCAAGGCCAAGCGCCUAGCUACCCAGUCCCAUGUCUAAACGCCACCAUCUUUCCCGCCCGGGAGCAGGGAGCAUGAGAAAGAACAGACGAAAGUAAUGAAAGACUUCAGACUGGACGCUGCU